AUGAUGCUGCUGCAGCAGGAGGCUGCUGCAGCUCAGCACAAACCCCCAGAAGUUCAUCAGUCCUUUGUUUAUUUUCUUUACUUUUUCAGGUCCACUGAGGCCCCGGGCCCCACUCUUUUAUCCAUAUCUCAUGCGCUGCAGCAAAACUUAAAGAGCAGCAGCAGCAGCCUGCAGCAGCGAAGCCAAGCAGCAGCAGCAGCCUGCAGCAGCGAAGCCAAGCAGCAGCAGCAGCAGCAGCCUGCUCCCAAGGAGGCCCAGGAAGACAAAGAUUUAUCCAUAUCUCAUGCGCUGCAGCAAAACUUAAAGAGCAGCAGCAGCAGCCUGCAGCAGCGAAGCCAAGCAGCAGCAGCAGCCUGCAGCAGCGAAGCCAAGCAGCAGCAGCAGCAGCAGCCUGCUCCCAAGGAGGCCCAGGAAGACAAAGACGAUUCCUUGUGGCAGUACAACUAA